GUUGGAGAGAAAAGUCCCCGGAAGCUCAGCUCGUCACCUACAGACAGGUUCACCCGGCUGGAGGAAGGAGCUACACCACCUAGGACAUCCACACACCCACCCACAACAUAUAUCUACAACUGUAACAAAGAAAACAACUAUAAAUUAUAAACAAGGUCUGUCUAUCCUGAGCAGUCAUGUCAGCCAAAGCCAUCUCUGAGCAGACGGGAAAGGAGUUCCUCUACAAGUACAUCUCCACAUCAGCAGCGGUCCAGAACAAGUUCUGCUACGCCAGCGUGACAGCCGACACUGACUUUGACCAACUGGUGCAACAGCACCAAUGGCUGCUCACAGAGAAACUGGUGGUGAAGCCAGACCAACUGAUUAAGAGGCGAGGGAAGCUGGGUCUGGUUGGCGUUAACCUGGACCUGAAAGGUGUCAAAGAGUGGCUCAAGCCUCGCCUCAUGAAAGAGGUGUCGGUGGGAAAAGCCAAGGGCAUGCUCAAAAACUUCCUUAUUGAGCCAUUCGUGCCUCACAACCAGGCAGAGGAGUUCUACGUGUGCAUCUACGCCACACGGGAGGGGGACUAUGUGCUUUUUCACCACGAGGGUGGUGUGGAUGUUGGAGACGUGGAUGCUAAGGCACAGAAGCUGCUAAUUGGGGUGGAUGAAAAGAUCAGUGAAGACCAGGUGAAGAAAGAACUGCUGACUAAGGCUCCCAACGACAAGAAAGCUGUUCUCGCCAGUUUCAUUGUUGGACUCUUCAACCUGUAUGAAGAACUCUUCUUCACAUACUUGGAGAUCAACCCUCUGGUGGUGACAAAAGAUGGAGUUUAUGUCCUUGACAUGGCAGCAAAAAUUGACGCAACAGCUGAUUAUAUCUGCAAGUCCAAGUGGGGUGAUGUGGAGUUUCCUCCUCCAUUCGGCAGGGAGGCUUACCCUGAGGAGGCCUACAUCGCCGAUCUCGAUGCCAAGAGUGGUGCCAGCCUUAAGCUGACUUUGCUCAAUCCUCGAGGCAGAAUCUGGACCAUGGUGGCAGGAGGAGGUGCCUCAGUGGUGUACAGUGAUACAAUCUGUGACCUGGGUGGGGUGGAUGAGCUGGCUAAUUAUGGGGAGUAUUCAGGAGCACCGAGUGAACAGCAGACGUACGACUAUGCAAAGACCAUCCUAUCUCUGAUGACAAGAGAGAAGCACUCUGAUGGAAAGGUUUUGAUCAUCGGAGGAAGCAUAGCAAACUUCACAAAUGUCGCAGCAACCUUUAAGGGGAUUGUGCGAGCUAUCAGAGACUACCAGGAGCCACUGAAGGAGCAUGAUGUCACCAUUUUUGUACGCCGUGGAGGCCCCAACUACCAGGAAGGUCUCAGAGUGAUGGGAGAAGUUGGAAAGACCACUGGAAUCCCAAUUCAUGUAUUUGGCACAGAAACCCACAUGACUGCCAUUGUUGGCAUGGCUCUGGGUCACAGGCCAAUCCCUAACCAGCCUCCUGUUGCCGCCCACACUGCCAACUUCCUCCUCAACUCCAAUAGCAGCACAUCGACCCCAACAUCCAGCAGAAAAGCCAUUCCUUCUGAAAACAAAGCCAAAGUUGAGGGUUCACCAGCCAAGAAACCUAAAACUGGAGCUCUUGUUGUUAAGGCAACUACCCUCUUCAGCAAACACACAAAAGCCCUGGUGUGGGGAAUGCAGACCCGAGCCGUACAGGGCAUGUUGGACUUUGACUAUGUCUGCUCCAGAGAUGAACCAUCUGUCUCAGCUAUGAUCUACCCGUUCACUGGAGACCACAAGCAGAAGUUCUACUGGGGACAUAAAGAGAUCCUCAUCCCUGUUUAUAAAAACAUGGGUGAUGCCAUGAAGAAGCAUCCUGAUGUGGAUGUGCUCAUCAACUUUGCCUCUUUGCGUUCAGCUUUUGAAAGCACCAUGGAGACCAUGCAGUACCCACAGAUUCAGACCAUUGCCAUCAUUGCCGAGGGAAUUCCCGAAGCACACACCAGGAAGAUCAUUAAAGCAGCGGAUGGGAAGGGUGUCACUAUCAUCGGUCCAGCAACUGUUGGAGGAAUCAAGCCAGGUUGUUUCAAGAUCGGAAACACGGGAGGGAUGCUGGAUAACAUCCUGGCCUCCAAGCUCUAUCGUCCAGGCAGUGUAGCCUAUGUGUCCCGCUCAGGCGGCAUGUCCAAUGAGCUUAACAACAUAAUUUCCCGCACCACGGAUGGGGUUUUUGAAGGUGUGGCCAUUGGUGGGGACAGAUACCCAGGCUCUGUGUUUACUGACCAUGUGUUGCGCUACCAAGACACUCCGGGAGUAAAGAUGAUUGUUGUACUGGGAGAGAUCGGCGGUACAGAGGAAUACAAGAUCUGCCAGGCAAUUAAACAGGGUAGAAUCACAAAGCCAGUGGUGUGCUGGUGUAUUGGUACCUGCGCCACCAUGUUCGCCUCAGAGGUUCAAUUUGGCCAUGCAGGAGCGUGUGCCAAUCAGGCCUCUGAGACAGCAGUAGCCAAGAACAAAGCUCUGAAGGAGGCUGGUGCAUUUGUUCCCAAGAGCUUUGAUGAGCUGGGAGAGAUCAUCAAAUCUGUGUAUGACGACCUUGUUGCUAAAGGGGUCAUACAGCCAGCUGAAGAGGUUCCUCCUCCCACUGUACCAAUGGAUUACUCCUGGGCACGAGAGCUGGGUAUGAUCCGUAAACCGGCAUCCUUCAUGACCAGCAUCUGUGAUGAGAGAGGUCAGGAGCUCAUCUAUGCCGGGAUGCCCAUCACUGAAGUCUUCAAGUCAGAAAUUGGCCUGGGGGGAACUCUGGGGCUGCUUUGGUUCCAGCGGAGGCUGCCGAGGUAUGCCUGCCAGUUCAUUGAGAUGUGCCUGAUGGUAACUGCGGACCAUGGCCCUGCUGUUUCUGGUGCGCACAACACUAUUGUCUGUGCCCGAGCUGGGAAAGAUCUCAUCUCCAGCCUCACCUCUGGCCUCCUCACCAUUGGUGACCGCUUCGGAGGGGCUCUGGAUGCUGCAGCAAAGCAGUUCAGCAAUGCGUUUGAUAGCGGCAUGCUGCCCAUGGAGUUUGUCAACAAGAUGAAGAAAGAUGGCAAGCUGAUCAUGGGAAUUGGACACAGGGUUAAAUCAAUUAACAACCCUGACAUGAGAGUCCAGAUCUUAAAGGAUUUUGUGAAGCAACACUUCCCCUCCACCCAGCUGUUGGACUAUGCUCUAGAAGUAGAGAAAAUUACCACUUCUAAAAAACCCAACCUGAUCCUGAAUGUGGAUGGUUUCAUUGGUGUGUCCUUUGUGGACCUCCUCAGAACUUGUGGUGGAUUUACACGGGAUGAGGCUGAUGAGUUUAUAGAAAUCGGUGCCUUGAAUGGCAUCUUUGUCUUGGGACGCAGCAUGGGAUUCAUUGGUCACUACCUGGACCAGAAGAGGCUGAAGCAGGGUCUGUAUCGCCACCCGUGGGAUGACAUUUCCUAUGUGCUCCCAGAGCACAUGUCUAUGUAAUCAACGAGAGUAAACCAUGUAGUGCCAACUAUCAGUCCUGAAACUUUCUGUGAUGAGUCACUUAAAAAAACAGUGGCAUAAAAAUGCAAAGAUGUUAUCAUUAAUAUAGCUGUAAAUUGCAAAUACUGAGAAGAACUUUAAGAGUCUAUUUUUAGUUUUAAAAUCCUGUCAGUGCUGCAGUUCUGUUGAAUAUCAGUGAAAUCUGCUCCAGGGUCUUAGUGUAGCAUGUUAGUGAGAGUUGCACAGGAAUCAGGUGUGAGAGAGAAAAGUAGAUUAACUGUUGACUACAACUACCAGUGAUAAUUAAGGAAAUGCUUUUAUUUAUCCCAAGUAUAACAUCAUUGUGUUAACUAAGCAUGCGUGUCUGGAUCAGUGUUGUGUCUCUGUGCAGCUCUCCAUAUUGUGCCAUUUUGAAACCAUGAGGUAACUAUGUAGUGCAAUAACAUAACAUAAAAUCGGUACUGUAAAGCAGAGUGUUACUUCUGUAUUAAUGUAUUAAAAGAGGGAAAUUAAACUUUGAGAAAAUGCUAUUGCUUUGAUUUUUGUUGACAUUAAUGAGGCAAAAAUCACAUUUUAGUCUGUUUCUUGCAACAAAUGGGACCAUUUUAUGAGUCAUUCCUGGAAGCCUCUGUGCCCAGGAAAAUGUCAUCUCUAAACUGAUGCAACAUGUGGGUAAUGGAAGUCAAGUAAGACCAAAAACUAAAUGUCACUUGAUAAAUAUAAUAUAAUUUUCCCAAUUAUUUAAGUAGAUUAUAUGCAUAUGAAAAAUGAACCACAAAUAUAUUUUAAUUGAAUCAUAACUGGAAAUAUAAAAGUUUAUUUGUAUUUAGAAUUAUUUUUGCAUCACUAAUUUAUUGGAUUUUUUUGUAUGCAAGUAAAUCUUAAGGUUUGUUUUGUUUUUAUAGCCUCCUUUAUGGUCAGAUUUUAAAGAUAAUUUCUUGUCUGAUGUUGAAAAUGUUAGUCCACCUAUGACUUAUAUUGUAACGCACAUCUUUCAGAUCUCUUCUUCACUUGAUCAAAAGACUUAAGUGUAAGAAAGAAAGCCAGACAACAUCAGUUCCAUUAUUUGCUAUUUGAAAAAACAUCUUACAUAAACUUUCAUCAGUGUUGCCGUUGUCUCUGUGUUUGUUUCUAAUCGUGUGAACUGAAUGUGCCUCUGUACCGACUUGUAGUAUGUUCACAACUGUAUAGUUGAGAUAUUUUAAAUGUAAUAAAUGUGACAUAGUAA